CUGAUGGCAGCGACGGGACGCCACUGUCUCCCUCUGACCAUUGACGUGCGACAGACGCAGACCAUCUCCGCUGCAGUGGACGAGAUGCUGAAGGAGCCUGGAAGGAUGAUGUCCUCAUUAAUAGUAUGUAGAACACACGUGUGCACAGACAGACAUGCACACACACACAUUUCAAUCUUGGUUUAGUUUUAGUCUUUCUUAAUCUGAAUUUACUCUGCAUUUUUACAUGUUCAUUUUAAUACCCUAUUUCUAAUGGAAACGUGUUUAACAUUGGUUGUUUGAAAUAUGUCUAGCACUCAAUUUUAUAGAUGCUGUAGGAAACGUCCUGUGCCUUGCGAACUCCCUCUCCUUCAAUGCCUUCAAGACAGUCCUGGAGAUUGACACCAUGGGUACGUUUUACACCAGCAAGGUGGUCUAUGAGAAGUGGUUCAAGGUACAGCACACUCAGUAUGCACUGAGAUUUUUCAAUCAAUUUCCUUUAAUCUAACUACCUACCUAUUUGCGUGACUUGCAUGGAUAUUCCUGUUUGUUUUUCAUUGCUGUGCUAUUACCUAAAAUAGUCUUACACUACAUGACUAAUAGUAUGUGGACACCUGCUUGUCGAACAUCUCAUUCCAAAAUCAUGGGCAUUACUAUGGAGUUGGUCCCCCCUUUUCUGCUAUAACAGCCUCCACUCUUCUGGGAAGUCUUUCCACAAGAUGUUGGAACAUUGCUGCGGGGACUUGCUUCCAUUCAGCCACAAGAGCAUUAGUGAGGUCGGGCACUGAUGUUGGGUGAUUAGGCCUGGCUCGCAGUCGGCGUUCCAAUUCAUCCCAAAGGUGUUCGAUAGGGUUGAGGUCAGGGCUCUGUGCAGGCCAGUCAAGUUCUUCCACACCGAUCUCGACAAACCAUUUCUGUAUGGACCUUGUUUUGUGCACGGGAGCAUUGUCAUUCUGAAACAGGAAAGGGCCUUCCCCAAACAAAGUUGGAAGCACAGAAUCGUCUCGAAUGUCAUUAUAUGCUGUAGCUUUAAGAUUUCCCUUCACCGGAACUAAGGGGCCUAGCCCGAACCAUGAAAACCAGCCGCAGACCAUUAUUCCUCCUCCACCAAACUUUACAGUUGGCACUAUGCAUUGAGGCAGGUAGCGUUUUCCUGGAAUUCGCCAAAACCAGAUUCAUCCGUCAGACUGCCAGAUGGUGAAGCGUGAUUCAUCACUCCAGAGAACGCAUUUCCACUGCUCCAGAGUCCAAUGGUGGUGAGCUUUACACCACUACAGCCGACGCUUGUCAUUGCACAUGGUGAUCUUAGGCUUGUGUGCGGCUGCUUGGCCAUGGAAACCCAUUUCAUGAAGAUCUCAACAAACAGUUUUUGUGCUGACACUGCUUCCAGAGGCAGUUUGGAACUCAGUAGUGAUUGUUUCAUCCGAGGACAGAACAUUUUUACGCAUUACGCGCUUCAGCACUUGGCAGUCCCGCUCUGUGAGCUUGUGUGGCCUACCACUUUGGGGAUGAGCCGUUGUUGCUUCUAGACGUUUCCACUUCACAAUAACAGAACUUACAGUUGACCGGGGCAGAUCUAGCAGGGCAGAAAUUUGACGAACUGACUUGUUGGAAAGGUGGCAUCCUAUGACGGAGCCACGUUGAAAGUCACUGAGCUCUUCAGUAAGGCCAUUCUACUGCCAAUGUUUGUCUAUGGAGAUUGCAUGGCGGUGUGCUCGAUUGUAUACACCUGUCAGCAAUGGGUGUGGCUGAAAUUGCCGAAUCCACUAAUUUGAAGGGGUGUCCACAUACUUUUGUAUAUAUAGUGUACUUCUGGUAUAAAUGUAUGGAUAGAUAGAAUUGAUCAUGUCUGAUGUUUGCGUUCAGGGUGCCAUUGUGAACAUCUGCCACCCUUGGCUACAGGAAUCAGGCUCUCCAGGUGCAUGCUGGCUCUGCCAAGGCCGCCAACGGUAAAAACAUGACUAUGUUACAAGUAUAUGAUUGUUACUAUAUUGUUUUGUAUUUAUUUGAUUCUAUGUAUUUGGUAGAAAUGGCUCUAGUCUUUUAGUUUCACCACUAUUUCUCGGAUAUAACCUAGCCCACUGAUAACUUCCCUUCUCUUUCUUCAUCCCACUCCCCUUUUCCUGUCCAAAUCUCUCUCCCUCAGAUGCCAUGACCAAGCACCUGGCCGUUGAGUGGGGACCAAGUGGGUUAACACCCUGGCACCAGGUCCUAUUUUGGGCACAGAGGGCUUCCGUAGGCUGGGUAAGGAUCUGUGGCUGCCUGGCUGGGAUUUGAUAAACACGAUUGAUUUAUUAAGCCGUGUGCCAAACACACACAUGGCCACACAUACUUUUUAGUGAUUAAUCUUGCCACUCUUCUCUAACUUUUAGUUAAGUAGGUUUUAGUAUACACUUGAUUAAGUAGGUCUGGGUAAUGAUGCGUUAUUUCUAUGCUAGUGAGGUCAAAGUUAUCAAGAGCAGAGCCUGAGGAGAGGUAAACUAAAUGAAGUCCUCAGUCUCAUUUCUCUUUGCCCCAAAUUCUGUUUCUCACCCCCCUCUCUCUUGUCCUCAGGUGGCAACAGAGCAGAGAGCAUGGAUGCCUUCUUAUCCAGGCAACAAGAUGGAGCUGUUCCUGACCAGCCGCGCCUCCUCCUAUUGACGGGCCACAUCAUGGUGGUGGAC